GGAUGACUCAGCCGUCAAAAUUCUCAGUCCGUGUCGCGUUGCGAAGUUCGCAAAACUAUUUAAUUCUGGCUGAAAACUGUGUUUUGGUGAUCAAAAAUGCCUCUAGUACGUUCCGCAAACUUUAAUUUAUUCGUUGAAAUUCUAGUUCGGAUAGCUUUGGUCUCCGCUUUCUGCUACAUGGAAUCCAUGCCGCCCUUCGUCCGAGUGAUCCACCAAUCCGACCUGGAGUCUACGUACAAAUACCCGCGCAAGGAGUCUUACGUGCCGGGCGGGCUGCUUUGGGCGGUGGUGCUGUCGGUGCCCUGCGCUCUCUCGCUGCUCGCUUGGGCGGCCUGUAACGAUUGCAGCGACGCGCUGGAGAUCCUGCUGGCAUGGUCUCUGGCGCUUGGCAUAAAUGGAGUUCUAACGGACAUUAUAAAACUUGUAGCAGGUCGCCCCAGGCCAGAUUUCUUCUACCGCUGCUUCCAAGAUGGUAUAGAGACUGAAGACAUGCAAUGCAACGGGGACCCCAUGGAAAUCAUGGACGGACGCAAGUCUUUCCCGAGCGGACACAGCAGUUUAUCCUGGUGCUCCUUGGGCGUGGCAUCAGUCUGGCUCUGCGGUCGCCUCGGAGUCCUAUCUCGCGGGCGCGGCAGCGGCGCCCGAGUAGUAUGCUGCCUGGCGCCGCUGGUGGCUGCGGCCUGCAUCGCGCUGUCCAGGACAUGCGACUACCACCACCAUUGGCAGGACGUCCUAGUCGGAUCGAUCCUCGGCUUCACGACAGCAGUGUUCUGCUACCGUCAGUACUACAAUCCUCUGUCCUCCGAUCUAUCAGGUAUUCCCUACAUAGUCUCUAACUCAAAUAUGGUCAAAUACAUGAACGGAAAAUCCGACAUCAGUCCGAUCAAAGGAGACUGCAAGGAGAUCGAGUCGACGCCGCUUUUAAACGGUGCGAGGAAAGAAGACAAGUGGAUAUAGAACCAGUUAAAGUAAAAUAAUAGAAAAAAAGACAAGAAAGAAAGAAAAAACAUGGUUAAAUGGAUUUAGGACUUAGACUUCGUUGUUUAACUUCAUAUUUAUGAGAAAAAAGACAAGAAAAAAAUGGAAUACCUACUAAUUAUAAUAUCAGAAAAAGUCAAGAAACAACAAAUUAAAUGUUAUUACAAUGAGACAUCACAUGAAAAUAUUCGAAAACAUAACAGAAGAAAAAGAAAACACGGAAAAAUAAAGUGACAGAAAGCGAAAGGAGAAAAAAACACAUAAAAAAUUAAACAGAUAUAAAUAGGAACAUUAAAACAAACACUAGUACAAGAAAAAACGGAGAAAGAAAUAAUGAACAGAGCAGUUGUAAAUAUCAAUUCACAAGGACUUCCAAUUUUAGCAGAGUAGAAAUAAAAAUUUACUUUAAAAUCAAAAACCUCAGUUAGACGUCACAAUAACAAUGUUAACAGCAUUGUUGUGUAUAAACUUGAUCAGGAUGGAAAAUGAUGAUCAGGCCGGAGUUAAGGAGCUUCACCCAGAAUCCUCAACCACGGAGGAACUGGCUAUCUUACCUCCAACUGCCGGAACAAUAAUGCUGUUAACUUUGUUUAUUAUGUCGACAGAUUUAGGUAGCUACCGGACUUACACCCGUAUUCACAAACAUUACUACGAGGUCACACAGUGCGCGUAAACGCACCUAGAGUCCCAAAAACCUAUUCAUAGACAAUACGUGAGUGGCGGAGUGACAUACGAACCAAUCGCAGAGCUCUAUUCAACGCUGUGCGUUCGACUUCGCAAAGCGUUGAUGCUUCACUGAAGCAAGCAUCGUUUGUGAAUACGGAUGUUAGAACCAGGAACCAAAGUGAGCAGAAAAUUUUACUCCCACUGGGAAUCAAACGAGAGAAAUUUACGCCCGUAUUCACAAACGAUGCUUGCUUAUGUGAAGUAACAAAUCGAACGCACAGCGUUGAAUCUCACUCUGUGAUUGGUUCGUGUGUCACCCUGUGCGUCUACGCGCACUGUGAGUCCGCGCGCACUGUGAGUCCGCGCGCACUGUGAGUCCUCAUAGUAAUGUUUGUGAAUACGGGCGUUAGGUUCUGAGUAGGUACGUAAAGGUCUUAUCGCUAAUCCAUAGAGAUUAAUGGCUUUAUGUUACAACGACGAUGCAGUUAAACAAUAGUUAAGCUGUUAAAACUAAAGUUACCAGUGCUAGUCUAACAUAUUUUGUCUAUUCUUUAAGAAUAGAA